AUGCUGGAGAAUCAAAUUGCUCAACAAACAAGUUCUUCAAGCAAAGUUGCUGGUAAACUGACUAAUCAACCAGAAAUAAACCCAAGAGAGCACUAUAAGGCAGUUACAUUAAGGAGUAGAAGGAUUUUAGAACAGUCAAAGGAAGAACCAAUUGAGAAAACCUCUGAUAAAUCUGAAAACCAGGCGGAGGAGAAAAAGGAAGAAGCUAAGGAAAAGCAAGAGGAGGAAGUAAGGAAGCAAAAGAAGCUACCAGAACGAUAUCAGCCUCCUCUACCCUUUCUUCAGAGAUUCCGGAAAGCCAUAUUGGAUAAGCAGUUUGGGAAGUUUCUAGAAGUCUUGCAGAAACUUUAUAUAAACAUUCCUUUUACAGAAGCACUCUCUCAAAUGUCAUCCUAUGCCAAGUUCCUCAAAGACAUUUUAUCAAAGAAGAGAAGGCUGGAGGACUAUGAGACUGUUGCUCUUACAGAGGAAUGUGCAAGUGUGAGUCUGAUGCCUUUGUCAAUAUGUAAGAAGCUUGAUGUGAGGGAACUUAAGCCUACAACAAUUUUGUUACAACUGAAUGAUCGAUCUAUGAAAUACCAUGUGGGAAUUCUAGAAAACAUCCCUAUCAAGGUGGGAAAAUUCUUUAUCCUAGUUGACUUUGUUGUACUGGAAAUGGAGGAGGAUGUCCAGAUCCCCAUAAUCUUGGGAAGACCUUUUCUAGCAACCGCUGGAGCUAUCAUAGACGUCAAGAACGGGCUGCUAACUCUCAAGGUAGGAGAGGAAGAAGUGGAGUUCAACAUAUUCAAUGCAAUGAAGCACAAGCAUGAACCUAAUGAAUGCUUCAAGGUUGAUAUGAUUGAUAACCUCAUAGCAGAGAAAGAGAACAUAGAGAUUGCAACUUGUGUGCAAUCCUUGACAGCUAGUCCAUCCCCAUUAUUGGCUCAAGUUUUUGCUAUAGAAGAGUUGAAGGAAAAACAGCCCAAGGGCAAGCUCCAGGAAAACACCAAACAGGUAGAACUGAAACCUCUUUCCUCUAUCCUAAGGUACGCAUUCCUGGACUCAAAUUCUGAAUAUCCUGUGAUUAUCAAUGCCAGCCUAUCUUAG